UCAAUGUAGCCGUCCACUGAGAGUGCGACAGUUAGGAACUCUCUACGGACGGCCGGACUAAUGCUAAAAACAUUGUGCAUUUCUACAGUCCAAGCGGCCCUAGGCGUGGCCGUGAGAUAGCUAGACGUGACAGAUUUUAGCACACGGGGAGGUGGUGACAAGCGCUUUCAUUAGUUCCUUUCGACUACAAAGACUCGAGUCAUUCUGGGUGAUCAAUUGAUCCAUUUUCGACACCGCUAUUCCGCAGAGAUCAAAGUUCAGACAUCGGUCUGACUGACGACAAAGACCGGAAAUCUUGUCACACGAAAGCUUUCUCGAAUGCCUGACUUUGAACCAGUUGCUUGUGCAUGCUUGGCUUUGUGCUGCGGCAGGAACAGGUCAAGGUUUGUUUUCUACCAGUGGGAUCGCAGCGGUGCAGCGACUCGACUGACCAUAAAACUGUCACAUGGCCAUCAAGGUCCCAUCAAGGUCCCAGAUCGAGUCUGUCAAUCGCUACGUCCCACAACCAAGACUGCUAUUCAUAGAAUAAUAUCUUCCGACUUUCCAUCGACCUUGCCUGCUUGAGUAAGAAUCUAGGUCAAUCGUGACGUCUAGAAGUUUGCCAAGUUCUGCACCCCGCGUCUGCCGAUCUGGAGUUUCACAUUUCCAGUCGAACUUCACCCUAUCAAGUGUGCCAUGAACAUUGUGUUACUCCUCCCAUCUCGUACGGUAGCAAGUUGCACUACCAUACCAUUCAUGCCGAGAGUCACCGUCUCAAUAAUGCAUCGCUUUCUAGCUGACCAUGGCCACCCCGCCGGCCAUGGCCUGUAUUCAUUGCAUCCCGAGGCGACAUCGUUCCAUCGCGCUAGAUAUGCCUCAAAUCUGAACCGCUCUGGAAAUCGACUAGUUUGAUACAAACGUCUCUACGUCCUCCUCGGAGGAUUCAAAGUAACCUCGCUCAGAUGACCUCGUAAAUCGGGAAUAACUUAUUGCAA